AUGUUAUGUAAUCGCAAACAAGUUUUAUCAGUUAUUUUGCAAGUUAGUGUAUACUAGUAUUGAUUAUAUCAAUGAUUUAUAUUUUUAAAAAAACUAAUAAUUUAGCUUAAUUGAUAUUUUAAUAGUUAAUUCAAAUUAGUUUUAUUUACUUUUGAAUGUUUAAAUUUCCAUAUUGUUUAUAACAAAAUUAGAGAUAAUCAUGAAUAAAACAAAUGAUUUAGUGUGUAAAAUCACUAUAAUUUACCUUAUCUUCUUAAGAAUUUACUUUCAUAAAUUUAAUAUAUUUUAUUAUAUUAUAUAUUUUACGUAAAAGUAUUAAGAUAAAUUAAUUGUUCACUAUUUAGGGAAUUGUUGAUGCAGAGCUGAAAUUCAUUGAUUUAUUUGCUGGUUGGCCAGGACAAUCACAUGAUGCUCAUAUUUUCCGCCGAAGUAAAAUAGGCGAAUUACUCAUAAAUAAUCCAAGGUGUUGGAGUUGAAAUGAUAGUGUUAUGAUACUAUAUAAAGACAAUGUUCAUUUAACUGCUGUUCAAAAAAAUUUCAACCAGAAAUUAAGCAGUACACAAAUAAUAGUUGAAAAUGCUUUCAGUAAAUUAACUUCGGAUUCAGAAAAUUAAAUUAAAUUACUCAAUAUUUUGUUUAAGUACAUUCAAAUUUGUUUAAUCUAUGAUUGUUUUUUAAAUUAGACACAUGGAUAUUUAUAAAAAUGAUUUCUGUAGAAAGGUGAUAACUGCACCAUGUUGUUUAUACAACAUAUAUAUAUCUAAUAAAGACAAAUAUCAAACCGAUGAUAUUUUUCAUAUAGACGAUGUUGUACAAGAAACCCCAGAAGAAACAACUAGCAGUUUGGCUAAAUGA